ACGUGACGGCUCUCUCUGCAUUUGGUGUUGUUGGUACCCGUAAGCUGAGCUCGUGGAGACGGAACGUGACGUGAUCUGUGCCCUCAGGCACCUGUAUUCACACAAUUACAGCCAUGAAAUAUCUACACAGCCAGCUUACAGCGUUUCUCGUUAUGUCUGUGAGAGACUCCAAGCCGUAUCUCAGCCUUUCCCAAGCUACUGAGCUCACGGGACGACUCUUCGGCCUGACCGUGACCAGUAUCCGCCCACUGCCCAGUUAUGAUGACCAGAACUUUCAUGUGGAGUCUGCAGAAUCUGGACAGUAUGUGCUGAAGGUCAUGAACUCUGCUGCCAGCCAGAACCUGCAUCUGCUGGAGGUCCAGACACACAUUAUGAACUUCUUAUGGGAGAAAGGUCUUCCUGCCCAGACUGCAAUGCCCACCGUAACCGGUCAGCUGAUGAGUCUGGAGGAAAUUGACUGUGGUUUUGGCCUGCAGAAGUAUAUGGUGCGUUUGCUGACAUUCUUACCUGGAACGCCGAUGGCGAAGGUGACCUACACUUCACAGUUUUUGUUUGAAGUUGGAAAAAUGGCUGCCACCGUAGACAAAUUACUGCUGCAGAUGGAGCAUCCACACCUCAGCGCUCUUCAAAGAGAAAACUUCAUCUGGAAUUUAGCAAGUGUACCUCUAUUGGAGCAGUUCCUGCCAUUGUUUGAUGGAGAGCCCAUACAAGAGGUGGUGAAGAGAGUUUUUGAACAGUACCGAAUCAACAUAGCACCAAAGAUACACUGCUUUCGUAAAUGUAUUAACCAUGGUGAUUUUAAUGAUCACAAUGUCCUUGUUGAAUCAGACGCUUCAUCUGGGUACAGGAUCAGUGGAAUUCUCGACUUUGGCGAUAUGAGCAAUGGGUAUUUUGUGUUUGAGCUGGCCAUCACCAUCAUGUAUUUGAUGAUCGAGAGCUCCUCACCGUUAGAAGUUGGGGGUCCAGUAAUUGCAGGCUUUGAGAGUGUGAUUCCGCUGAACUCGGAGGAGAGGGAGGCGGUCUACCUGCUAGUCCUGAGUCGCUUCUGCCAGUCUCUGGCUCUGGGCCGCCACGCAGUCCAACAGCAGCCUGAAAAUGAGGAAUACCUGAUGAUUACGGCCAGACCGGGGCUCCGGCUGCUGCAGCUGCUGUGGAACACGGGCAAGGAUAAGGUGGAGAAGAUCUGGUUGAGCGGAGCUGCGGAGUUCUUAAAGAAAAGCAAUAAUGCUGUGACACAGAAUUAAUUAAGGUCAAUUUAUGUCAAAUUUGCAAACUUACAUGUUUAUGGGGAUUCUAUGUGAUAGACCUAGUAAAAUAGCAAGUACUGUGGACUGAAAAAAUAAUACAUUAAUACAAAUGGUGCACUUGUAUGUAAUACUUUUUGAUGAACCUGAUUCAAUAUUUUUUUUAUUUUUACUAUUGAAUAAAUAUGCAAAGCGUU